AUGAACUCUCACGUGCGUCAGAACUACAGCCAUGACAGCGAGGCAGCCAUUAACCGCAUUGUGAACCUUAAAAUGUAUGCGUCUUACACCUACCUAUCCUUGGUAAGUUAAAAAAUAUCUUGAUAUUUGACAGUGUUUAUAGUAGUUUACAUAUUAAACUAGCAAAGUUCCAAGAACACUCUGAUAGAUUUUCUUAAAGGGACACUAUAGUCACCUGAACAACUUCAUCUUAAUGAGGUUGUUCAGGUGAGAACUAUAGCUCCCUGUAGCCUUUCUCAUGUAAACACUGUAUUUUCUGAGAAAAUACCGUGUUUACAUUGAAAGCUAGGUACACCUCCUGUUGCAGUCACUCAGAGUGAACCAGAGGGACUUCGGAGUUGAUGGAGGCAUAAUAUGCCUCCAUCCACUCAGAUCUGCUGUCAGCAGAGCACAGGGCAGCACUGUGCACAGCAUCCUGUGAUUCAGUAUCUCCUACCUCUGCAUGCAGAUACUGAACUUUCCUCAUAUAGAUUCAUUGAUUUAAUUCAUCUCUAUGAGGAGAUGCUGAUUGGCCUGGGCUGUGUUUGAAUCAUGCUGGCUCUGCCCCUGAUCUGCCUCCUUGUCAGUCUCAGCCAAUCCUAUGGGGAAGCACUGUGAUUGGAUCAGGCUACUACAUGUCAGCAGACUGCUUGUUUUUCUGAGUCUAACAGCAUGCAGAUUUCCAGCUUCAGGCUUGAAGACAGUAAGAUUUUUACUAUAUUUAUGGAGGUAUGAGGGAUCCAAGGGGGGCUAGAUGGUGGUGUUAACACUAUAGGGUCAGGAAUACAUGUUUGUGUUCCUGACCCUAUAGUGAUCCUUUAAAACAGAUUAAUCAGAAAUAUGUCUAUCUACCCGAUCUAUAUAUGGGUCUAUAUAUAUUUAAUUUUGUCAAUUUUUAUUGUUAGUCUUACUACUUUGACCGUGAUGAUGUGGCUCUCCAUCACGUAGCAGAGUUUUUCAAGGAGCAGAGCCAGGAGGAGCGGGAGCAUGCCGAAAAACUUCUGAAAUACCAAAGCAAGCGCGGAGGGCGGAUCAUUCUGCAGGAUGUGAAGGUAAACAUGAGCAAUGGCAAACAAUAUUUGGGGCAGGGAAAGGUAAUCUGUAUGAAUCUGGGCUUGGUUAUCAAUCACAAAAAAAAGUUUUAUUUAAAAAAAAAAAAAUACAGAAAAUAAAAGCCUGUCAAAUGUUCCUAUCUGUGGUGAGUUACAAAAUAGUAUAUUCCUUUUUAGCACCAAACAUAGCUCUAUGUGACAUGGGGCCAAGACUUGGGCAGAUUUAUUCAUGACAAGGAGAAUUCAAAGUGAAUUUCACAUUUAAAUCCAAGCACCCCGACAGGUGCCAUAGCGGAAUAAAGAAUUAGAGAAUGUUUCCAGUUCAGCUAUUUUUGCCUUACAUUUGAAGUAUACGUUGAAUUCUCAUUUUACUAAAAAACUUUCAAGGGAAUAAUCUUAAUACUAAACAAAUUACGAAUAUGGAUUAUUAUCCAUAGAAAUAUAACACAUGUGUAUAUAAUGUUUUAGGUACAUAAUGAUUUAAAAAACAGUUUUUACCCAUGUGAGGUUUUAUUCACUAAAUUAUGAAUUGGAGAAAAUCAAGGUGUAAAAUUUGCUGAAAAAUGUUCCAGUUCUGUUAUUUCAGCCUAAAAUGAGCAAUUACUUUUACAAUUAUGUAGAAAUCUGAAUUCUCUAAAUUGUAUCAGGCUAUAUCAUACUUUAGGUCAAAUGAGCAGAUUUGGAAACGUUAAUAAAUACGACACAUUCAAAGGGCAACUAGCACUUUCCUGGAUUUUUAAUAUGGGUGGUCCUCGUUUUGUGACCUACCUGUUUUACCACGGCUCGCACUUAUGAUCAUCUCUCUCGUGGGGUGGUAAGUGCGAGCCGUCGUGGGGAUUAGAGGGAUUCCCUGCUCUUGUGCGUACGUCUAUGUUCGGGGAAAUGUCUCUGAACACAGACAUUCGCACCAGAGCAGGGAACCCUUUAAAUCCCAAGUUCGGGGAAAUUUGCACGAACAUAGAUUAGAUGGAUUCCCUGCUCUGGUGCGUUCGUCUAUGUUCGGGGAAAUGUCUCUGAACACAGACAUGCACACCAGAGCACGGAACCCUGUAAAUCUCAAGUUCGGGGAAAUUUGCACGAACAUAGAUUAGAUGGCUUCCCUGCUCUGGUGCGUUCGUCUAUGUUUGGGGAAAUUUCCCUGAACAAAGACAAGCGCACCAGAGCAGGGAAACCCUUAACUCCUCACUUACCGAGCAAUUUGUUCUACGACCGGGUCAUAGGAACGGAACCCGGUUGGUAAGUGAGGAUAUAUAUGCACAAAUACGCUUUUUUGAGGCCUGAUCCUAGGGUCACAGGUGCCUGGGUGCAGAAAUUUAUUUGGCACCCCCAGGUGGGCAUGGUCAUCUUGCUAACUGUUGCCAUAAAAACUUGGCAAAUGUUCAGUCCAGGCAUGCAUGUUUCUUUUGUAAUGACUCCAUCUCUCCAUUUAUAUGCCCCACCCCUUUUUGUAAUUAGACACACAAUCAGACGCACACACGCAAGGAAAGCAGGUGCCUACUCUGCCUUCACCUAGUAAGAACCACCUCUUGGGCCCCCUGUGACACUCCAUCUGUUCGCUUCUCAUGGCGCAACCCACCUCCUGGCACUGGACACGCUGCACCAGCUGAGGAUCGGGCCUGGCCCUAGCUAUGCCUGGAAUUAACUGAAUUGUGAUAACAUUUUCUAAAUCUUUAAUAUACAUUUUUGAUACAUGAUUAAGGCUUUACGGCUGAAACAUUGUAUCUUUGUUUUGUCUCUUGGACCAUAAAUAAAUAUACUGUAUUCUUAACGCUGCACUGUGUAGCCUGUGGCUCUAUACUUCUGGUUUUAUAGCACACACAGAACUCCAGUGAAUCAAGAUACUAGUGUGCAGCACUCCACUUGCGAGUUAAAAGAAAUCAUAGCAGCACAAAUGGUUUACAUGCCCCUUUUGUGGGUGGUUACUUCCCAGACCUACCAACAGUCUUGCUUUUGGCUCGACAGGUCUGAUUUUGGGGACCUGUCCCACUGGGGAUCUGACCCCAGAGAGCACAGCGUAAAGCAAUCAUUAAAUGGUUUCAAAGUGUACUUAUCAUGGUUCACAGUUAGAUUUAAAUAAGAGAUGAAAAUUUCACUUAGGCAUUAUGCUAGCAAAAUGCUUAAAAAAUUUGGUCCCCCUCCACUUAUCAAUCAUUUCUAAGCAGAGAUCACUAUGCUGAUGGCAUAAAGGUUUAUGGCAACAAAUGAACAACAAGGUAGAACAGGAGAACCUUCUCAACAGUGGCGCACAUAUAGUGGUCACAGCUGCAAAUGGGCCGUCACUCCAGGGGGCCCAGCCGCCCUGCCGACCCCUGCGACAGGCUGCCCGCCGUCAUGUUUUGCGACCUCGGCCCGUGCAGCAAACUGCCGGAGCCGCCGUUCAAUGGGUCCAUCAGGUGGCACAUGCUGUUAGGGCCACCCGAUGGGUAUGGAUUUCCAGGGGGCCCAGUCAGCGCUGUGGCACUUUAACAGCGCAACUGGGCCCCCUGUGAUGACAUCACACGUUGGGAGGAAAAGACUGUCCUGGUCACUCCUCCCAGCAUACACAGAGCCCACGCGGGAGGAAGCAGAGGAGGGAGUCAUAGUGGGAACUCUGACUCCCAUCAACCUGAGCCACCACUGGACCCCAGGGAAAGUCACCCUACUGCAACUAAAAGGUAGGAAACAGGAGGGUGACUUAAACAUUUUGUAUCUGUGUAUGUAUGUAUGUCUGUCUUUUUGUAUGUAUGUCGUGUGUGUGUGUCUGUAUGUGUGUCUGUCUGUAGGUGUGUAUGUGUCUAUGUAUGUGUCUGUUUGUAUGUAUGUGUGCCUGUUUGUAUGUAUGUGUGUUGUAUGUGUCUGUCUGUAUCUAUGUGUGUGUGUCUCUAUGUAUGUAUGUGUCUCUUAUAUGUGUGUGUGUUUGUGUCUGUCAGGGGGCGGGAAAGGGAGGGGGGGGAGCCCAUCGAUCAGUUUCGCACCGGGGCCCCAUGGAUUGUGUGUACGCCACUGCUUCUCAAUGCUGGUUCUUCUUCAGUCAUCUGUCAGCAAGCAAUUCCAGUGGAACAUAGAAACUAAGUGAUUUAAGACACACACCUAUCUCCUGUUCUGACACUGAUGCACUGCCGGUGAAACCAGCAUUCAAACAUUCAUCAGGUUAGAUUGACCUGCUUGAAAAAGUAUCCCCAAGCAGGAAUAAUCACGCUAUAGAGGGUUGGGAGCAAAGCGGGACCAGUAAGUGGGUGUUACAAUAGUGUAAAACCAUCAUACCUCUGAACAUGGUCAUGGCAUGCUGGAAACAAGGUAAGAAAAAUAUUUACAGCUACCAAACAAUUUAGUGUUUCAUUUUCAUUAUGAUACAUUGAAUAUUUGUUUUUUUUAAUAGCUGUUAAAUGUUUAGCUGAAAAUGUAAUUGUGAGUUCACUUUAAAAUUCACUGGCAAAACAUAUAUACAGUAUAUGGUCAAGCAUCUUUUUGCAAUAGCUCAGCUAACUAAGAUGCUUGACCAUAUAUUUUAUAUAUACCGUAUUUAUCGGCGUAUAACACGCACCGGCGUAUAACACGCACCUCAUUUUAAGAAGGAAAUUUCAGGGGAAAAAAACUUAAAGGACCACUAUAGUGCCAGGAAAACAUACUCGUUUUCCUGGCACUAUAGUGCCCUGAGGGUGCCUAGAGUGAAGUGGUCUGGGUGCCUAGAGUGGUCCUUUAAAUUUCAAAUAAAGAACUUCUUACCCCCCUUUCUUACUCCCCCCUCCCCCUCUUCUUACUUCCCCUUCCCCCUCUUACCCCUUCUUACUUCCCCUUCCCCUCUUCUUACCCCCUUUCCCCCCUCCCCUCUUCUUACUUCCCCUCCCCCUCUUACCCCCUUCUUACUCCCCUCCCCUCUUCUUAUCCCCUUUCUUACUCCCCCUCCCCCUCUUCUUGGCCACUUCCCCCCCAGCUACACCCCCCUCCCCUUCGUACUCCCCUCCUCUUCUUACCCCUCCCCUUCUUGCCUCCCUUCUUGCCCCCUCCUCCUCUAUUUGCCCCCUUCUUACCCCUCCUGUGUAAGCAUUGGCGAGCUGCUCUGCUGUCCUCGGUGCCCGGCCGGAGUGAUAGGAAGGUGCAUGCUCAGUGUGCACCUUCCUGUCAGUCCGACCGGGUACAGGAAACAGAAACUCCUGUUCCGCGCGGAACAGGAGUUUCUGUUUCCUGUACCCGGUCGGACUGACAGGAAGGUGCACACUGAGCAUGCACCUUCCUGUCACUCCGGCCGGCCACCGCGGACAGCAGAGCAGCUCGGCCACGCUACAGGGGAGGUGAGAACCAAGCGCUCAGGCGGCUGCAGUAUUUAAAGGGCCGGCGUAUAACACGCACCCACAAUUUCUCCCCUAUUUUCAGGGAGAAAAAGUGCGUGUUAUACGCCGAUAAAUACGGUAUUUAUAUUGAUUGUUAUUAUCCAUUAAGUGAUGUAUACACAAUAUGGGGAGAUAUGUUUUAAAUGAUUAAAAGUGAGACAUCUAAUGUAUUCUUUUACUUUAUUUAUCCAGAAACCAGAACGUGAUGAAUGGGGCAGCACUCUGGAAGCUAUGCAGACAUCUCUGAAUAUGGAAAAGACUGUGAACCAGGCCGUGCUGGAUCUGCACAAGCUAGCAACUGAUAGAAACGACCCCCAUGUGAGUGCUAGUAGCUAAAAUUGCCAUAAUAUGUAGGCAGCUAGACAGACCUGAAAAUGACAUUCCAUCUCAAGUUGUCUGCAGUACAAUUCUAAAUAUGGUCCUGUUUUUAUAUAUAUCUAGCCAACUUCUUGGUUUUCCAACCCUCCCUGUCACAGGUGCCUCAUCCCAGGGCCUUAUUUAGCCUUAUACUGCAGAGAACUCCAGAUGACAUUUUCUUCCCCAAGUCAGUAGCUAAUUUAGCAGAUAGUUGACUGUUAGAGUAGGACCUGCCAAAGAUGGGGUACAUUAAUGUUGUAGCAGGCUUAUGCAAUGUAUGAUCAUAAAAUGUAACUAAACCCCCAUUGCUUUUUGCCUACAUUAGGUGUUUAAAAAAAUAUAUAUAUAUCUGUCAGCACAAAAGUUGCUGUUUAUUAGAUAAGGGAAUGCACUGGAUUUUUAUUUUUAUUGUACUUAUUGGCUCUCAGCAGUACCCUAUUUAUGUAUGUUUAGGUGAGUGCAGCCAGCCCCUUGUUAGCUGGCAUUUGAUGCCUGCAUGAAUUUCUUCUGACUCUCCUAACGUCUAUAUUACAUUUUGUAGACCUGAAUCUGCUGUCUGAUGAUACAAUUGGACUACUUAACCCCUUUAACUUUUCUGGGUGUAGAGGAUGAACAUCUCUCAGACCCACUUUUAAAAGUGUUUAAACCAAAAUACAUAGCAAUGGAUUUCCUACUGCUUUUGGGAAGGAAGAUAACCUACAUUGUCAUGAUAGGGGAGAUCCUUACUUGAUGCCUACCUAGGACAUUGUUAUUCAAACCUAUCCUCAGGACCACAGGCUACAUUUUAUACAACUACUGCUAAUGAAAGUGGAAAUGUCAGUGGUUGUGUCAUGGUACUCCCAUGGGAAUAUCUUAAUUCUGGCCUGUUGGUGGGUCCUGAACACAAUUUGGAACAAGAGCGGUUGAGAAAAUGAGUUGAUAGUUUAAGUAUCAAAUAUAUCCAUGCAAAAUACACAGCCUAGAUGGUAUAUGGGCUCAGUUACUAUAUAUACUACUAUCCAUGCUUUCCAAACUGAGCUUAAGCAUCUUUGGAGAGAGUGGAGACAAACAUAUGGUUUUAGGGCUUGAUUGCCAAUCUUGUUGGGUAAAUGUUUACAGUUUUUAACACAACUGUAAGGAGUCUCGUUGCCUAGUUUAUUGGCUCUACCAUUGAGUUUAUGCCCUAACAAUGUUAUCUUUUUACAGUUGUGUGAUUACUUGGAAAGUGAGGAGCUAGAGGAUCAUGUGAAGCGCAUUAAGAAACUUGGCGAUCAUAUCACUAAUCUGAGACGCCUUGGCGUGCCACAGAAUGGCAUGGGAGAGUACCUGUUCGACAAGCACACCUUGCCGUAG